AUGGCUCUGAGGACCCCCAUCAGGGCUCCCCUGCUCCUCAUGGGGCUGCUGACAGCAGGCCUGGCCCAGUUGCCGCUCCCUGCCUCAGCCCCGCGAGGCUUCUGGGCUCUGCCUGAAAACUUGACGGUGGUAGAGGGGGCCACUGCUGAGCUGCAGUGUGGGGUCAGCGCCCCUGGCAGUGUGGUGCAAUGGGCCAAGGAUGGGCUACUCCUGGGCCCGGAUCCUAGGAUCUCCAGCUUCCCGAGGUACCGCCUAGAAGGGGACCCUACUAGAGGUGAAUUCCACCUGCAUAUUGAAGCGUGUGACCUGAGUGACGAUGCAGAGUAUGAGUGCCAGGUCGGCCGCUCAGAGACAGGCCCUGAGCUUGUGUCUCCCAGAGUGAUCCUCUCCAUCCUGGUGCCCCCCAAGGUGCUUCAGCUGACCCCCGAGGCAGGGAGUACAGUCACGUGGGUAGCUGGGCAAGAGUACAUGGUCAGCUGUGUAUCUGGGGAUGCAAAGCCAGCACCUGACAUCACCUUCUUCCAGAGUGGACAAACAAUUUCUGACGUCUCUGCUAAUGUGAAUGCGGGGUCCCAGGAGAAACUCUUCACCACAGAGGCCACAGCCAGGGUGACACCCCAGAGCUCAGAUAAUGGGCAGCUCCUGGUCUGUGAGGGGUCCAGCCCAGCACUGGACACUCCCAUCCGGGUCUCAGUCACCAUGAAUGUUCUGUUCCCCCCAGGACCCCCUGUCAUAGAGUGGCCAGGCCUGGAUGAGGGGCACGUGCGGGCAGGACAGAGCUUGGAGCUGCUGUGUGUGGCCCGAGGGGGGAAUCCGCCAGCCACACUGCAGUGGCUGAAGAAUGGCCAGUCCAUAUCCACAGCGUGGGGCACAGAGCAUGGUGAAGCAGUGGCCCGAAGCAUGCUAGUGAUGAUUGUGCGACCGGAAGACCAUGGGGCGAGGCUCAGCUGUGAGGCUCACAACAGUGUAUCUACAGGGAUCCAGGAACGCGGGGUCACGCUGCAGGUCACCUUCCCCCCCAGUGCCAUCACCAUCUUGGGAUCUGCAUCCCAGUCUGAGAACAAGAACGUUACGCUCUCCUGCAUCACCAAGUCCAGUCGCCCACGGGUCCUGUUACGAUGGUGGCUGGGUUGGCGGCAGCUGGCGCCUACAGAAGAGAUGGUCAUGGAUGGCCCGCAUGGUGGCCACGUCUCCAUGUCCAACCUGACGUUCCUGGUCCGGCGAGAGGACAAUGGUCUGACUCUCACAUGUGAGGCCUUUAGUGAGGCCUUUGCCAAGGAGACUUUCAAGAAGUCACUCACCCUGAAUGUGAAAUAUCCUGCCCAGAAGCUGUGGAUAGAGGGUCCCCCAGAGGGACAACGGCUCCGGGCUGGGACUCGAGUGAGGCUCCUGUGUUUGGCCAUUGGGGGCAACCCAGACCCCUCUCUUACCUGGCUCAAGGACUCCCGGAUGGUGACCGAACCGCGGCCACCCCAGGAGCCACGGCGGGUGCAGCUGGGAAGUCUGGAGAAGUCAGGGAGCACAUUCUCCCGAGAGCUUGUACUGAUCAUGGGUCCGUCGGACAACCAGGCCAAGUUCACGUGCAAGGCGGGUCAGCUCAGCGCAUCCACGCAGCUUGUGGUGCAGUUUCCCCCAACAAACGUGACGAUCCUGGCCAACGCAACGGCUCUGCGCCCAGGGGAUGCAUUAAACUUGACUUGCAUCAGUGUUAGCAGCAACCCUCCUGUCAACUUGUCGUGGGACAAGGAGGGGGAGAGGCUGGAAAGCGUGGCCACACCACCCCGUAGUGCCCCAUUCAGAGGCUCUGCAGCAGCUAGGAGUGUCCUUCUGAGAAUGUCAUCCCGAGACCAUGGCCACCAAGUGACCUGCCGAGCCCACAGCCCUGAGCUCCGGGAAACCAUGAGCGCCUUCCACCGCCUCAAUGUGCUGUACCCUCCAGAGUUCCUAGGGGAGCAGGUGCUUGUGGUGACCGCCGUGGAGCAGGGCGAGGCACUGCUGCCGGUGUCUGUAUCUGCCAACCCUGCCCCGGAGGCCUUCAACUGGACCUUCCGCGGCUACCGCCUCAGCCCAGCUGGUGGCCCUCGGCAUCGCAUCCUGUCUGGUGGAGCCCUGCAGCUAUGGAAUGUGACCCGAGCUGACGAUGGCCUCUAUCAGCUGCAUUGCCAGAACUCGGAGGGCACUGCUGAAACUCUAGUGCGGCUGGAUGUACACUAUGCUCCCACUAUCCGAGCUCUCCAGGACCCAACUGAGGUGAAUAUUGGGGGUUCUGUGGACAUAGUCUGCACUGUUGAUGCCAAUCCCAUCCUUCCAGGGAUGUUCAACUGGGAGAGGCUGGGAGAAGAGGAGGAGGACCAGAGCCUGGAUGAGAUGGAGAAGAUGUCAAAGGGAGCCACAGGGCGUCUUCGAAUUCACCAUGCCAAACUGGCCCAGGCUGGUGCUUACCAGUGCAUUGUGGACAAUGGAGUGGCACCUCCAGCCCGAGGACUGGUCCGACUUGUUGUCAGAUUUGCCCCCCAGGUGGAGCACCCCACUCCCCUAACUAAGGUGGCUGCAGCUGGAGAUAGCACCAGUUCUGCCACCCUCCACUGUCGUGCCCGAGGCGUCCCCAACAUCGUCUUCACUUGGACCAAAAAUGGAGUCCCUCUGGAUCUCCAGGAUCCCAGGUACACAGAGCACACAUACCACCAGGGUGGGGUCCACAGCAGUCUCCUGACCAUUGCCAACGUGUCUGCAGCCCAGGAUUACGCCCUCUUCACGUGCACAGCCACCAACCCCCUUGGCUCAGAUCACACCAACAUUCAACUCGUCAGCAUCAGUCGCCCGGAUCCCCCAUCAGGAUUAAAGGUUGUGAGCACGACUCCGUAUUCGGUGGGGUUGGAAUGGAAACCUGGCUUUGAUGGGGGUUUGCCACAGAGGUUCCAAAUCAGAUAUGAGGCACUGGGGACACCAGGGUUCUUCUACGUGGAUGUCCUACCACCUGAGGCCACCACCUUCACACUGACUGGGCUGCAGCCCUCUACACGAUACAGAGUCUGGCUGCUGGCCAGCAAUGCCCUGGGGGACAGCGGACUAACUCACAAGGGGUCCCAGAUCCCUAUCACUACCCCAGGUCUAGACCAGCCUUCUGGAGAACCUGACUACCAGCCGCCCACAGAGCAGCCUGCAGAACCCACAGGGCUGCCCCUGUUGCCUGUGCUGUUUGCUGCUGGGGGUCUUUUGCUGCUUUCUAACAUCUCCUGUGUUGGGGGAUUCCUCUGGCAGCGGAGACUGAGGCGUCUUGCUGAAGGCAUCACAGAGAAGACAGAAGCAGGGUCAGAGGAGGACCGAGUCAAGAAUGAAUAUGAGGACAGCCAGUGGACCGGAGACAGAGACACUCAAAGCUCCACGGUUAGCACAACGGAUGUAGAACCAUAUUACCACUCCAUGAAGAACUUCAGCCCCCAGCUGCCACCAACACUGGAGGAGGUGUCUUAUCCCGGAGGUUUCACACAUCUUGAAGAGGAGGAUAUGGUUUUUCCUGGACACCUGUAUGAUGAGGUAGAAAGACUGUAUGCCCCACCUGGAGCCUGGGGACCCCUCUACGAUGAAGUACCAAUGAGCCCCUUUGACCCCUGCUGGCCUGAGGAGACAUAUGAGGAUACAAGAGGAAUCUAUGGUCGGGUGGCAGGAGACUUGGACCCUAUGGAACCUGAUUCUCUACCCUUUGAGCUGAGGGGACAUCUGGUGUGA